UACACAGCGUAGAUUUUAAAUUUCCUAAAGCCGUUUCCACACCAACCACUACUCAUUUCUUUUAAUAAAUCUAAGAAGAAUAACAGAAGGAGAAGACGUGAUUUUAGUUUUGGACCGAAAAAGUCUUUCCAAAUUUAUAUGCUUUCAUUGAGUCUACGAAAAUUCCCAAUUUCCCCUAGGUUCCUGCAUCGAUCAAUGGCCACCAACCGUGGGAAGAAGAUUAUCCGAAUUGAUAUCAGUUCGGAUACUGUGUGUCCCUGGUGCUUUGUGGGGAAAAAAAAUCUUGAUAAAGCUAUGGCGUUAACCAACGAUCAGUAUAAUUUUGAGAUUAGGUGGCAUCCCUUUCUUCUCAAUCCUUCUGCGCCUAAAGAAGGGGUUAACAAGAAAGAUUACUACAGAAGUAAGUUUGGACCUCGCUCUGAACAAAUGAUGUCAAGAAUGUCAGAGGUGUUUAAGGGACUUGGACUGGAAUAUAACAUGUCAGGACUUACGGGAAGUAGUCUGGACAGCCACAGACUACUAUAUUUCGCAGGACGACAGGGGCUUGACAAGCAAAAUAAUCUUGCUGAGGAGCUUUUUCUUGGCUAUUUCACACAGGGAAGGUAUAUAGGUGACAGGGAAUUUCUUAUAGAAGCUGCAAGAAAGGUCGGUGUAGAAGGAGCAGCUGACUUCCUUGAGGAUCCCAACAAUGGGCUAAAAGAGGUUAAUGAAGAGCUUGAGCAAUACUCGUCAAAUAUAUCAGGCGUCCCACAUUUUGUGUUAAAUGGCAAGUACCAGUUGAGUGGUGGCCAACCUCCAGAAAGCUUCAUCCAAGCUUUUCAAGCUGCUUCAAAUAUCACAGCAUAGUUCUGGUGGGUUUUUCUUAAAGUGGGAUGAUGUAUUCGAUUAGUAGUAUUAUAUAUGCCUCUACUCUAGUGUAAGACUAAGUAAAUAUUGUGGAUGCUUUACCAAUGGAUGUGAAACUAUGACAUGAUAAUAAAAUCCACUUAGAAGUUUGACGGUUUGUAUAAUAA